AUGAUUAUCGCGCAUCCAACGCGUACCGCUGUGCGUGUAGACAAAGUUCAGGCUAUUGGUUGCAUAAUCACUCUUGACGCAUGUAGCAUCGAUUGUCUCGGAAUUAGACCAAAGCCCAAAGUGCGGCAUGUCUGGGCUUGUGAAGAGAAGACAGCCAAUCGGCUCUCCAAUACCGAUUGCUGUAUGGUAGAAAAGCAAGAAACCAAUAUCCAGAUAUACGGAUCCCGGGCAUUCACACAGAAGGAUGCGUCGAGUGGUGGUACAGUGCAGAGCGGAAGACGAUAUCCCGUUGCUGAUGGAAAUAUGCAAAGAAUUCGGAGCUAUCCUGAUCAAACCGGAAAACCCACAACGAUUCGACAACGUCCACCUAGAUGUGCCCGAAGAUGAUCCUGACCAAGUAGAAAAUUUUCGGAGUAAACUGAUAGAAAGCAUACCUCUAAUCGCCGUGAAAAUCUUUUAACAUGCGUGCAUGCCUGCACAUGUGUUCUUAUUGACAGACUCCAAAACGGAAGAACUGUGUGAUGGGAGUCAACGCAGCCACGAUGACGUAAAUGGAGAAACACCAUCAUGUACAUCAUUGACGCAUUCCUAAGAAAUACAUGGUUAUAUCAUUAUUAA